AUGAAUAAUGAAGCACUUUUUGACAAACUUAAAACCGAAAUGCAAAACCAAACUAAAGAAGUCUUAAAUAAAAUGGAUGAAAAACUAGCACCUUUCACACGAGAAAUUGAAGAAUUACGAUUAGAAAAUAAAAUUUUAAAAGAAAAAAUAGCGAAUUUGGAGAAAAACAGCAGAUCAAACAACAUUAUUAUUUAUGGUCUUAAGGAAACAGAAUCAUCCCAAACAGAUCUUUUGGAAAAAGUAACCCAGAAACUUACUACCCAUCUGAACAUUACGGUUGAACCUAAAGAUGUAAAUAAGAUUUAUAGAAUCGGAAAAAAAGAUACUGUUGGAGGGAAAACUAGACCAAUACUCAUGGCAUGUGUUAAUGGUUGGUUGAAAAAUACAAUUAUGAAGAAUAAGAAGAAACUUGGUGAUGUUUACGUAUCGGAAGAUUUUCCUAAAGAGGUCUUGCAAAAAAGAAGAGAACUACACGAAAGGGUCAAAGAAGAACGAGAUAAAGGGAAUUAUGCGACUAUUAACUACGAUAAACUUAUUAUUAAAGAUUAUUCUACACAGACAAACAACCGGAAAAGGGAUCUAUCCAUAUCACCAACUACCCCAAUCCAGCCAGAGAAAAACGUACCGACAAAAAAUAAGAAAAACGCAUUCACACUAAUGAGAGGCCGAUCCAACUCUACAACAUCUCUAACUGGAAAAGUAGAACACAAAGCAUAG